ACGAAUCGAGUGAAAAGAACCUGCCGGAAUACUGAAUCAAUGGCGUUUCGGCUGAGCAACAACCUAGUGGGUAUCCUCAACUUGAUCACGUUCAUCCUCUCGAUCCCCAUCCUCGGCGCCGGCAUCUGGCUGAGCCGGGAAGGCGUGACCGAGUGCGAACGGUUCUUGGACAUGCCCGUCAUCGUGAUCGGGGUCUUCCUCAUGAUGGUCUCCCUCGCCGGACUAAUCGGCGCGUGCUGUCGCGUGACGUGGCUGCUCUGGCUCUACUUGGUCGUCAUGUUCCUCCUCAUCGUGCUGGGGAUCGUCUUCACGAUCUUUGCUUUCGCGGUGACGAAUAAAGGGGCGGGAGAAGUGUUGUCCGGGAGAGGUUACAAGGAAUACCGACUCGGGGAUUACUCCGACUGGUUGCAGAAAAGGGUUACUAAUCAGAAGAACUGGAAUAAGAUUAAGAGCUGUUUGGCUGACAGUAAAGUUUGCACUGAUUUCCAUGAUAAAUAUCUCAAUGCCUCUCUCCCGGAGUUUUACCAGGCUCACUUGUCAGCCAUUCAGUCUGGUUGCUGUAAGCCAUCGGACGACUGUAAGUUCGCAUACGUCGGGCCGACUAACUGGACAAGAGGGGAUGGGUCGCCGGCGAAUCCAGACUGCAAUCUGUGGGAUAAUAACCCGAAUACUCUAUGCUUCAACUGCCAGUCAUGCAAAGCUGGGUUCAUAGACAACCUCAAGAGUUCAUGGAAGAAGGUGGCGGUUGUCAACAUCGUCUUCCUCAUCUUCCUCAUCGUUGUCUACUCUGUUGGCUGCUGUGCUUUCAGAAACAACAGGAGAGACAACGCUUAUCGUCAAGGCUGGAAGCCUUGACCCCUCUUUCUCUUCUUAGCUUUCUGGGUUUUUAGUUUGUUUGUAUUUUGAUAUUGUUUGUGAUUGCAUUUGGACCUUUUAUUGUAUAGUUUUUCACUUCCUUGUCUAGUUGUUAGCAAUUUAGAUCGUUUAUAUAUAUGCAUAAAAGUCGCAGAUACUAUUGUUUUA